AAACAAAAAUAAAUUAAACAGCGAUAUCCUAAUCUCUCUCUUUCUCUCCCGAUUGAUUUCAGAUUUCAUAUUUGAGAUUGAUUCCAAAAUACAAAACUUGUCGACCAUGUCUACGUUCAGCGGCGAUGAAACAGCUCCCUUCUUCGGCUUCCUCGGCGCUGCAGCCGCACUCGUCUUCUCCUGUAUGGGAGCAGCUUACGGAACCGCCAAAAGUGGAGUUGGUGUGGCGUCAAUGGGAGUUAUGAGACCCGAGUUAGUGAUGAAAUCAAUAGUACCGGUAGUUAUGGCUGGUGUGUUGGGUAUAUAUGGGUUGAUCAUAGCUGUUAUCAUCAGCACAGGGAUUAACCCAAAGGCUAAAUCUUACUACCUCUUUGAUGGUUACGCACAUCUCUCGUCUGGUCUUGCUUGUGGUCUUGCUGGUCUUUCCGCUGGAAUGGCCAUUGGUAUUGUUGGUGAUGCUGGUGUCAGGGCAAAUGCUCAGCAGCCUAAGCUCUUCGUAGGGAUGAUUCUUAUCCUUAUCUUCGCUGAAGCGCUCGCUCUUUACGGGCUUAUUUUAGGAAUCAUCCUCUCCUCACGAGCUGGCCAGUCUAGAGCUGAAUGAGCAUGAGCAAGUAAC